AUCAUGAUCUUGGUUCUCGUAACCGUUUGAAAUGAUUUUGAAGAAAACUAGUUUUUGAUUUUGUUUCCAUUUCAGUUUUCAAAAUUUCAUUCAUAUGUAGUGGUGCACAAUGCAUACCUUCAUAUUCAUACUCAAACUGCAUUUUAUAAGUCCUUGUAUUCAUUUUGUUAGGCGAAUAUUGUGAUGUUCCAAAUGUAGUGCAUACGUUAACUUUUCAUUAUGCAAGUGCUUGCAUGUAGUUCAUAUGAAGGGUGUUGCAUCUGUCAUAUAAUUAGUAUAGACGGCAUGUUGUCCGCAAAAACUUUGAUUUUGGAUUUCUUUUGAUUUUCUCGCCUUGCUGCUAGAUACAAAUACAUAGUCAUAACCUUAAUAUAUAGCUGCUCCUUGCUUUAGUUCUAUGUAUAUCAAUAGUUUGGUAGUUUUGCAGGUCUUAUAAAAAAAAAUGUUAUAUCAUUUCUGAUGGAUAUCUUAAUUUAUGAUUAUGGUUCUGUGCCUCAAUCAUUCACCGGAAGGUAUGGAGUUCAUCAAAAUUCUGUCUUUGUUGGGCAUGUUUAUAGAUCUUGCAUAAAUCUGAGAUGUAACCAAUAUACCUACCUAAACUGUAGGUGAAGGGUGACCAUCAUGAUAUAACUUAUCAUUCAUGUGUAGAAUUUUAUUGUUGCUGAACAUAAUAAGGAAACCUAAAAAUUAUAUUUUUUUGGCAAACAUUAAUUAGCUUUGUGUUUUCUGAAAGAGAAUCACCUAAUCAGAUAUCUAUAAUAUAUUAGUCCCCCCUUUUUUCUUUCUCUAUGAUCUAUUUAUUGGAAAUAAGGAUUUCUUGUUGAGAGGGCAUUUUGCCUGCAGUGUAGUUUUAGGACAUUUGAAAGAGUUGAUUGCUCCUGAAGUACUAGUUUUAGAUGCAUGUCACAUAAAUAUGCUUUUGCGCACUGACAUAGGCAUAGAAUGUUUGAACUGUGAUGGCCACAUAAUGGCAUCAAGCUGGGGUGUAUUCACUGGAUCCUUUCUGGUAGAUGUGUGAAGGCUGCCCUUUCAGCCAUUUCUUUUGGUCACUCACUGUUACUACUUACUUCUGUAACUGGUCCUUGAGUUUUGCUUCUGCUUGUAAUUAUAUUGUUUCUGCUGUCUCUUAAAUAUAAUUAUGUUGCUUUUAGGAUUACUAUUGCUGUCUUUAUUUCAGCUUUUAAGCAGGGUGGAGUUAGAGCUGCUGGCGCGACUUUGGUUAUAUGCUAAGGAAUUUGUUAUGGGCCACAUCAAAGCAUGAUGUAUACCUGAUGCAGAACUUCUCAGUGAUGCAUUGGAACUCUUUGCACAGGAGAGGCAGCGAAGUACUCAAUGUGGCCAAACCAAUUGUACCUACCGAGAAACAACCUGGGUUGUUGGCACGACCACUCUCUAGAGUGCAGAUAAGCACUAUGGCUGUCAAGGACAAUUUGUUGGUUGCUGGGGGCUUCCAAGGUGAACUAAUCUGCAAGCACAUGAAACAACCUGGAGUUGCUUUCUGCUCAAAACUAACAACAGAUGAGAAUGCCAUCACUAAUGCAGUGGAUAUUUUCCAAAACCCAACUGGCUCAGUGAGGGUAAUGACUGCAAAUAAUGAUGCUCAAGUUAGAGUUUUUGACGUUGAAAAGUUCGCUUGCCUCAACCGCUUCUCCUUUGAGUGGUCUGUAAAUAACACCUCUGUUAGUCCCGAUGGUAAGCUGCUCGCAGUACUUGGUGAUAGUGCAGACUGUUUGAUAGCUGAUGCUCAGUCUGGAAAAGCUGUCGGGGGCCUGAAAGGGCACUUAGACUAUUGCUUUUCUUCAGCUUGGCACCCGGAUGGACGAAUCUUGGCUACUGGGAACCAAGACACUACCUGUAGGCUAUGGGACGUAAGGAACCUGUCAGAGUCCCUAGCCGUGUUGAAGGGAAGAAUGGGAGCAAUAAGAGCUAUAAAAUUCACCUCUGAUGGUCGUUUUAUGGCCAUGGCUGAGCCAGCAGACUUUGUUCACAUCAUUGAUACCCAGUCCGGAUAUGCAAAGGGACAAGAGAUUGAUCUGUUUGGUGAGAUUGCCGGAAUAUCCUUCAGCCCUGACUCUGAAGCUUUGUUUGUUGGGGUUGCUGAUCGCACAUAUGGUAGUGUAUUGGAGUUCAAUAAGAGGCACUAUAAUCCCUAUCAAGAAAUAGUCUUCUAGUUCAAGUCCAUCAGUCAUGGGAAGAUGAAGGUGUAUAUUUGGCUAAGGUUUCUUUAUCAACUGUAUUUACAACUAUAUUUAGCUGAGGACGGGGAGAUUGGUCUGCGUUAUUAUAUUCAGCGAGAUUGGUCCACCAAGUAUCCAAAAAAAGAAAAAAUUGUAUCCAGUUUUGUUUCUUCUUAGCUUCACAGUCGAUGCAAGUCGCAGGUUUAGAGUUUUGUUUCUCCAUUUCAGUAAAAUGUAUUUUUUUUUCAUCAAGCAGAAAUGGAAUAAAUAACUCUUGGAUUGUAAAGCUCUUCCUGUUGGUGUGUGUAUUUGUAAACAGUUCAAGGUUUCCUAGUGCAUUUACUUAUUUUACUGUUUG